AUGGCCCGGGAGGGCUCCUCGGUGGCUGGCAGCAGCAGUGCCCUGACGGCCGGGGCACGGCCCGCGGGUCAGUCGGAGCGGGUCAAGUCGGAGCGGGUCAAGUCGGAGCCCCCUUGUCUGGAUGAGGCGCUGGGCUGGGAAGUGCCUCUCUCCCUGGCUCAAGGGCUCGUCUGCGGGACGUGCUGUCCCUUCGGCGUGCGGCAUGACGUGGGGGCAGAGUUAGGGCCAGUCUGCGUCUAUGGGGCGGGGGACGGCGGCCGCAGGGAUGUACCGGAGCCACGGCCACAGGAGCUGGGGGUGGCCACGCUGGGGGUGGCCACGCUGGCCGCUGGUGGAGAUGUGCUCUUCCAGAUGGCAGAGGUCCACAGGCAGAUCCAGAACCAGCUGGAGGAGAUGCUCAAGUCCUUCCACAACGAGCUCCUGACGCAGCUGGAGCAGAAGGUGGAGCUGGACUCCCGGUACCUGAGCUACAUCGAAGCCAUCAGCAACAAGCAAGGCGAGCUGGAAAACUACGUCUCUGAUGGCUACAAGACCGCUCUCACGGAAGAGAGGAGACGCUUCUGCUUCCUGGUAGAGAAACAGUGGGCGGUAGCGAAGAGCGCCACCACCCAUCGGUUGCAGGGGAAGGAGAUGCUGACGCAGAAGCUGCCGCUGUGGCAGCAGUCCUGCUCGGAUCCCAACAAGAUCCCGGACCGCGCUAUACAGCUGAUGCAGCAGAUGGCUGCCAGCAGCAAUGGCACCAUCAUGCCCAGCCCUCUGUCUACGUCCAAAUCCAACCUCAUCAUCUCUGACCCCAUCCCUGGUGCCAAACCUCUCCCUGUCCCCCCGGAGCUGGCACCCUUUGUAGGACGCAUGUCGGCGCAGGAGGCCAUGCCAGUGAUGAACGGAGCCUCAGGCCCAGACAGUGACGGGUACAACCACUGGUCUGAGAUGAAGCCAGCACAGCCCAAAUCUUUAUCUCCUCCCCAGCCUCAGAAGCAGCUGAGUGACUCUUACUCCAAUACACUCCCAGUUCGCAAAAACGUGCCACCGAAAAACAGCUACGCAUCAGCCGAAAAUAAGACGCUGCCGCGCUCCAGCUCCAUGGCCGCAGGGCUCGAGAGGAACGGCAGGACGAGGGUGCAGGCCAUUUUCUCUCACGCUGCUGGAGAUAACAGCACCCUCCUGAGCUUCAAGGAGGGUGACCUCAUCACGCUGCUGGUGCCGGAGGCCAGGGACGGCUGGCAUUACGGAGAGAGCGAGAAAACAAAAAUGAGGGGCUGGUUCCCUUUCUCCUACACACGGGUCCUGGACAACGAUGGCAGCGAGCGGGUCCACGCGAGCCUGCAGCAAGGGAAGAGCAGCAGCACCGGCAACCUGCUGGACAAAGACGACAUCGCCAUCCCGCCGCCCGACUACGGCAUGGCCUCCCAAGCCUUCCCAGCCCAGGGCAUCAACACCUUCAAGCAGAGGCCGUACAGCGUGGCCGUGCCCGCCUUCUCCCAGGGUCUCGAUGACUACGGGACGAGGUCCGUCAGCAGAAACCCCUUUGCCAACGUCCAGCUGAAGCCAACGGUGACGAACGACCGCUCGGCUCCGCUCAUCAGCUGA